GCUUUUCGUUUUGUUAAUUAAAAUUCCACGCUAAGAAUACAAAGUAAUCUUAUAAUCAAUAUUCGCUAUUGCUUAUAAAUGUGCAGAAUAUUUAUUUUUUUCUUCGUAACAUGUAUAUUAAAAGUAGAAUCAGCAACUUUAGAUGGAAAAGUUCAGCAAUAUUUUUCAAGUGAUGUAUUUAAGGCCUUUCAAAAACAAUGGCAAGGUCAUAGAAAAUCCUUUGAAAACGCUAUCGUUCUGGCGUUAAAGGAUAAUUAUGGCCACAGAGGGAUGAACGUAUACGUGAGGCGAUCGGCGGACUCACUUCGUAUAUCUAAAGGUUUCUUUUUAACUGACAAUGUUGUUGACCUGCUUUUAUUUAAUAUGAUCCUCACGAGCUUACCUCAUCUCAACAUGCCGGAGGUUACGUUCGCGCUCGCGUCCAACGUACUGAGGAUGGAGGCUGGUCUUAGUCAGAUGAUAGUGGAGACCUCGUUUGCACUAUUCAGGAAUCAAUCAGAUAUUUUAUACACCACGCCACAAAAUGCAUACGAAACUUCACCAUUCGCUUACAAGCAAGUUGAUAAUGGCGGAAAGUUAGCCAUCAUUGCAGAUGGUUGUAGGUUGGAUGGCUACGCAUUGGCAAAAAUGAGUGGCCAGUCGAUUAACUUAGGGCACGAUACAUUCCAAGUAAAAAACUGUAAAUUUACCGUCGAGAUAUCUUGGCAUUCUCAAGGAUCACCUCCAGUUAUAGCGCCAUAUUUUUCGAAAAAGCAAGGUAAAGAACUGGAGUUCAUGCUAACGAAGCCGAUACGUGUAGAAUUAAUGCCGAAACUACAAGCGGCUGUAUUUACUUAUGUCAAUACAUCACUCAUAUUUGGUGAUCAUUUGGCCAAAUUUCGUGAAUAUCAAAAUGAUAUAUUUAAGGAGACUACAAAAAAUACAACGAUAUUUGUUCGAAACAUCAAUAAUGUAACUUUAGCCAACAAAGGAGAAUUCAUAGAAAUGGAGCCAUUAAAGGUUUUAUUGAAUUAUGAGGUAAUAAUAAUGAAUGUUACUCACUGUCCAGACGGAUCCUGCAGGCAAGUUAUCUUAGUAGAUAAUGUCACAUUACACGGCUUGGACACAUUGUAUUCAGCACAGUCUGGUGGUCCAUUCAAGUUUCAGACGCCAAUGAUAGCAGAGGCAAUUAGAUUUAAUUCAAUUAUGGUUAACGGACACAUGCUAUUUGAAGAUCAUAACUUAAAAGAAGAAUACGAGUUUUUCGCUGAAAUCAAAGAUGUCACGGUUAAUUUACAAAUUGAUUUGACAAAGUACGAGCCAACUUUUGAUGUUAUGAACUGGAGAACAAUGGAAUGCUCGGUGAUUGAGCUGCAAACGCAUUUGCAAAACCGAAGUGCAGCGAAUGCAUUCGUUGGUGGCUACUUAUUAAACAAAGUACCUGCCGUUCUAGAACGACAUUUGAUAGAUAUGUACGUCAAGUUCAGAAAUGCGACAGACCAAAAAUUAUCCAAUGUUAAUGUGCAUUGUCAUUAAUAACAACGGACAUAUUUUAACCAUUUUUUAUUUAUUAUGAUUGAAGCUUAAAAACUGGUAAAUCGUCGAUCGUUGUUAUAAGAACUUAAAAACCAGAAAUAAUGUAAUAUAAUGAUUACAAAAUAAAUGCUUACUAAUACAUAUUUAUUUAAUAAAUGACAACAAUAGUCUAUACUUAUAAAACCGUUUAUCAUGAUCGCGAAAGUUUAAAUUUCGAACAGGCUUAGGUACUUUAUAACGUGAGCAUGUGUUAGAAAAUGAUUUUUGGAAUUAUUAUCUUUAAUUGGGUGAAUUUUAAGUGGGUGAGUAACUUUGUAUUAAAGUAUUUGUUCUUUGAAGUUAGAAGAUAGGAUAUAUAUCAGUAAAUUGUUGAUAUAUAAUCCAGGACUAUGGAUUCUGCUGCUUUAUAAACUAAGACACCAACGACACAUACAAACUGAAUUAGUGUUGAUAGUUUUGCGUCUUUAUAUACAUCCAAAGAAAUAUAUACAAUGAUAAUAUGUAUAAUGUGUUUUUCUUAUAAUGAAACAUAUAAAUAUAUAAAAGGUAAAAAAACACAAAGGUAUAAAAAAGGGGUUUCACUACGAAAGGUGUAACUCGUGAGCUAUUUACCUGAUUCAUAACAUGUUUUCCGCAAAAGUUGCUGCACAUUUUAUGCUUUAUAUUUUUUAAAAUAACAAUUUUUAACGUAGAUGGCACUGCAGAAAAUAUAUUCUAUUUUCGAAAAACUGAUUUGCGGUAUUACUUUUCCAAGAUGGCGGCGCGACUAGCAAGGUUUUAGUUAAGGCUAAGUUACUGGGCACACAGUCUCACCCGCUUAAAUUUAGACUUUCGACAUGAUAAACAUGUUAGUUAUAUUUUAGACCGUAAUAAAAAUGUUACUUUUAUCUGUAAAAUAAUUGGAUUCAGUUUAUUAUUUAAAAAUAAUAAAACUCGUGUUUAAAAUUUA